CAGGCUGACAUACACUAUGCUGAUAACCAGUAUGCUGCCGCUCUCAGAUUUUACCUAGAAGCCGGUGUCAUUGUGAGUGAUUGCUUCAGCCACUCGGUUCCUAGGACGUUAUGGAACGACAAAGUAUAUAAACGAAUGAUUAAAUGCUGCUCGUAUCUGCAGUGUCACACGCAGGCUGCUAUUCUAUGUCAGUUUCUAGAGCAUUCUGACUAUACCACUGCCUUCAAAGAACUGCAGGAAAAAAGCUGCUAUGAUGCAAUGGAUGCAUUAUAUGAGUACAUCUGGGAUAUCACAAUAUUAGAAUUUCUUGUCUAUAACCAUAACAAGCAUGGUGAAGUUGAUAAACAACAGAAAGCUAUGCGAUGUAUUGGAAAGCCAGAACUGAACUCCUUCAACCCAGAAGUGGUAUUAAUUCAGGCAUCCCAGACACGGAAAAAUAAGUUCCUCCAGGCCAUGGCAAAACAAUAUCUUUAAUAUUACUCAUCUGACAGUGUGUUGUAUUUUAGCUGUAUUGCUAUCUGCAUCUAACAG